AUGGAAGAAUACCCGGUUUCACAGCCCGAUAACUCGAGCACGGUAGUUAUACCAGCGGUGCAUCUACUACCUGCGGAACUGCUUUCGCAAGUGUUUGAAGAGUUGCUCGAUCAGCGAGACUCCUUCGAAUAUCAACUUGGACCGUGUUUCACGCCUCUCGUCCUUAGCCAGCUCUGGCGCCGUAUACACGUCUCGGGUAACGUCUAUGGUCGUCCCCUGCGGACGCUUGGUGGCUUUAGUAAUUUGAUGGAAUCAUUCAUGGCUCGAGCCUCUGGGCAUACAAUACAGCUAUCCUUUGAGCUAUUCAGCAAGCUGCCCAUGGAUAGCAAGGAAUACACCGAUUCAUGGAGGUUCUAUAUGGCCCGUUCUCAGUCCCUGAUGUUCGAGGAUGCGGCAGAUCUCUUGCAGUUGUUCUUCCACUCCCCAUUUCAGCAACCUCUGCUGGAGGAUUUGUCCAUAUGGUGUAGUGGUGACGAGUUUACUGACAUCCUGCCCUGUAUCAUUGCCCCAUCACUGCACCAUCUCGUUGUCUCGUCAUUCCCUCGUCCCAAUGGCAAUAACCAAUCUCUUAUUUUGUCUGUGCUAUCUCUGUUGGAAAUAUCCGGGUGCCGAUUGGAAGUAUUGGACCUCGAGUGUAUCGAUAUUAUCAGGGACGGGGAUGAACUUUACCAGCUGCUCAAAGCCGUCCCGUCUCUGGUUUCCCUUACUCUGCGUGGUGCAUACAAUGUCCCUCCGACUGCCAUUGGCCAUCUUCUAUGGCCACUUGUGCAUAGGGAAGAUCAGUCCAGCCAGUACCUUGUUCCUCUUCUGCGCCGAUUAUCUCUCAGCUUGGAAUUGGUGGUGGCAGAUGAUCACAUGGACCGGGAUGUAACAAACAUUCUUCAUCUCCGGCAGUCCUCGGAGUUUUCUAUGGCCAGUCUUGAGUGGGCUGUGAUAACUGUUGACGAAUGGGAUGAGCGGGAAUGGCAGUGGGAGGUUAGGCCUGGCACCGAGGGUAUCAUCAAGACUGGCCAGGCAUUGGCUUCAGACAGCUUCACUCCCUGA